GAGACUAGUAAGCAAGAAGACGAGACAUGAACGAGAAUAAACGGCCUUGAAAAAAAUGAAUUGCAAGUUGUAAUCAUAGUAGGUAGACCUGUGUAAUAAUCAACGAACAGUCAGUUGAUGGUCAAAUUGCGUUUUGGCCAAAAUGUUUUGUGUAUUAAGUGUGAUAACGAAAGUAACAUAAUGGUGUGUAAAUAACAAAAAUGUAAGUGCAAAUUUUCAGUGCUCGUCAAUAUCAGCUGUGAGAAUGUCACGUAGCUGUCACAAAGGCUAUGUACAAGAAAUGCAGAAAAUUAGCUUUAAAUCAUUAUAAAAUUAGUGCCUUCCUUCAAUGAGAAUGCUUUGAGAAAUUGUGAAGAUGUUGUACGUAUUCCAUGUUGAUGCAGGAACUAUGAUCACAUUUGACAUGAGCCUGGCCUUUGAAAAUGUUAGUAAUUUAAAACAGUACAUUGAAAAGGUUUGCAAAAUUCCAUCAGAGAAGCAAGUACUUCUAGUCAGUGGAGGUGAUUGCUUAGAUCCAGAUACUCGUGUUAAUUUGUAUUCUGCAGGUACUGACACAAACCCCAUAUACCUUUUCAGUAAGUCAGUUAUAGAGUCUAAAUCUCCUCCAUGCUCCAUCAUUGAUUUAGGAUUAGAUGCAGAUUUAAUACAGAAAGCCGGUGAUCUGCAAAAUUUGCCACCAAAAAUAGACACUGUAAAUCAAAGAACACAUUUAGCACAAAGAUUUCAUGAAUCUGCAAAGGAACAGGCAAAAAUAUGUGAUGAUCUUGUACAUGAUCAGCACCUGCAGCAACAAGGAUGGGCAGCUGUGGUAGCAAAUUUAGAGGACAUUACAGCCCUAUUUAAAAAGAGGACAGAAGUGUUUGAAAAAACUUUCCUUGAAUUUACAAACGAACGCGAAACUUAUCUUAAUUUCUUACAACAUUUUAAUGAAGAUUUGCAAACAUUGGCAAAAAUACCUGUAUUGCCUCAACUGUUAGAAAUCUGUGAGGAAGAAAAUAAAUCUGCAGAAGCUGAAGAAUGCACAGAAAAUAGUGAUGAAGCUGGUAAAGAAGCAAAGACAACAACAUUACUGGAAUGGAUAUCUGCAUCUGAUAAUAAAAGUUCAAUGGAUCAAUUUUUUGAACAUUGCUCAAAAGGUUUGGAGCAAUUUAGCGAUGAAUUAUUCAAAUCUCUUCAUGAAGAAGUGGAACGAGCCAUAGAGUCUUCAGAGAAACCUGAUAUGAAAGAAGUAAAAGGUCUAGGCGAUCGAUUAUUUGGCUUGGAUCAGCUAAUGUGUGAAGCAAAACGUAUUGUUCAAGCACAAGCAGACCUAGCACAAUCUUUCUUGCAGAACCAGGCAAGAGCCAGUGUAAUUGGAGACAGUUCGAUCCUGCCAGAUUUAUGCUUGUCUCAUCAAAAACAGUUGCAAGUGAUGAUCCAGAACCACCAAAAGUUGUUCGACAUUCGCAAGAGAUGUACGAAGGCGAAAGAGGAACUCAGACUGAACCUCUAUCAUCGUUUAAAAUGGGUUACUUAUGUUCAAAGUGUGAUGCUUGAAACUGAUCAAAGACUAGUAGUUUACCAUGAUAAUUUGAAGAGAUUGAGAGAGAGUUUGGAAGCACUGCAACAGAUUCAUUUGGCGCCAGCCACAUAUCUCGCUGCUGUGGCGGAAGUUGUUAGAAGAAGAGCGUUUUCUCAAGCUUUCCUUGCAUGGGCAUCUGAACUUGCAUGUCACUUACUCACCAUCCACAAUGAAGAAGUUGCUCGCCGAAAAGACUUUCAGUCCCAGUUUGAUGGUCAUUUUCUGAAUUCUCUCUUUCCUGGUAUGAACGAUAUGCCUCCUCCUUAUGCCACUCAAGCCCCUUCGAUUUUCGAUUCGAGUCUUCCAAAACUCAACGUCGAAGACAUUGAAGAGCUGAAAAGAAAGUUGCCAGAUUUAGGUGAAAAUUUGGGUGUGCCAGACAUCUCAGCUAUCACGAAUUUUUUCAUGAUAAAGUCACUCGUCAAAGCUGAAUUAGAUAAGGCAGAUGGUCGUGCAAUAGAAGAAAAGUUGGUACAAGUUGUGACAGAAGUAGGACUGGCUAGCAAUUUAGAUCAAAAUCUAUUGAAACCAGCUGAUAGUGAAACAUGCCUUGCACCUCAUGCCAUACCUCUUCUAAAGGAUUUAGAUAAGGGUUGUGAAUCCGAAACCGACACAGAAGAGUUCGAGAAAGUUGGGCAGAGUCCACUUGAACUUCACUUCGACAAAGACGUGCCUUCUGGACGCGCACGAACACAGGACGUUGCAACGCUGACAGAGCAAAGUUUAGCUUGCGGAUAUGAUAACAGUGCUCCACCCAUUUCUUCGAAAUCCGUUGUCUCACCCUCAGUCCUUCAAAGUCCUAUCAAAAACGAACAUAUCUCCCCCAUUUCGCCUAUACAAGGCUGUCAGCCCGCGAACGAGUUCGUCACUGACGAAUAUUACAUUGACGAGAGUUUGCCUUCGAGCUUGAGCAUUGAAACCGGCGGACACAGUCAAGGGGAAUUUGUUAGACAACUAGACAACGCCAACAAUGUCGUGGCGUUGCUGCAGGACAAUUUAGAAACAUCACGAACCGAACAAGAUAAAUUGCGGUCUACACUUCUCAAGAUGUCCGGUUUAGUGAGUCAAACGCUUGCGCAGUUAAGAUCCGAACUAACUGAUUUAAAAAAUUUCUUUUUGUUGGAAAAAGAUCAUAUUGAGGUACAGCAUAAUAACAUGGGGGCUCUGUAUAAAAAUUUUAGCGAAAUAAAGAAUAUUGAAGUAAAGGAGGCUUUAGGCAAGCUUUCAACAGAAUAUGAGUCGGAAUUAGAGGAGCAUAAAAAAACUGCAACACUCAAAACCAACGAAAUUAAUGAUCUGCAAGCUCAAAUAUCUCAUUUGGAGUCUACAUUGUCAGAGGCACAGAAAAAGCUGUCGGUUACAACUAAAGAUUUGGAAGAAGUAAAAGAUGAAAAAUCAUCGGAAUUGCAAGAUGUUAUGUUACAAAUUGAAAAAUUAAAGGUGGAAAAAGAGCAGAGCAUUAAAGAAAUUACAGAUAAACUAAAUAGGGAUCAUAAAGAUGAAAUAGACAACAUCCGAUCUCGUUUUAAAUUAAUGUCUAUUGCCAAAUUAGAUCGUAGCCCCACUGAACCUUUGGAAAGUCCCGAUCAUGAUUUCAAAGAACCUCCUAGCCAUGAAGCGUUAAUUUUACAGAUAAAACAGAAUUAUGAGAACGAUAAGGCAAAAGCUAUUAAAGAAGCUAUUGAACUAGAGUCAAAACGAUGGGCAAAAAUUUUAGAUGACAAAGUAAAGGAACUUAGUAAUAAAUUCGAAAAUGAGAAACAAAAACUCGUUGAGGAGGUUGCGAAAAAAAUAUCAGAAGAUAAGGACAAAAUGAUUGAUGUCCUUAGAGAACGGGAGGCGAAUUUAAAUCUUGAAUGCAUCAAAUACAAAAAUACAAUCCAACAGUUGGCCGAAAACGAAACUGAAAGACAAAACGAAGAACUUGAAAGUAAAAUAGAAAAGUUGAGGAACGAGAAUGAUAGAUUAGAAAUGGAACUGUGCUUAGAGAGAUCGAAGAAAACCGACGAAGGUAUACAAGACAUGGGUAUUUCCGUCUCAGUUGCAGAAGGAAAAGUAGAUGUAGCUACGAGUCCCAUGGCCAAAAAAGAUAAACUUUCUAAAAGUCAAAUGUUGACCGGAAAAUCAGGAAAAUUAAACGUUGAUUCGGUUUCGUUCGGUGAUACCGUUGCUAUCGUUUGGGACGAAGAGCAUGAGAAUUACGUUAUCGUCCAAGACAGCGAAAGUCUGUAUUUUUUACACUCGAAUUGCAUCGAACCUCUUGGUUUGGCUAAAAAGGGAGAAAAGCGAAUUGCAUAUUGCUUUGGAAUAGUAACUGAAAAAGAGCAUUGCAAAGCUAGAAAGUCAAGCAAUCGUUACAAAGUUCCCCAAGACACCACAUUUUAUCGUUUGAAAGUGGUGCCGCGGUCAAAAAGUCGUGAACGAGUUGCUCCCAUGACCCAAAGUCAGGUCGUAGAGCAAACGGUUGCCGCAGUCGAGGGUCAAAGUUCAUCAAAAGUGUGCCAGUCGUUGCCCCCUACGCCUGUUAAUGUUCAAACAUUUUCUGUUGAAGAGUCGAUACAGUGUUUAAAAGACGCUAUGGAAGAACCAUCAUCAUCAUCAUCAUCUGCAGUUCCCCAAGGUAACGACGACAGAAUAAAGGAUGAAAAGAAAGAUAGAGAUGUUAAGAAGGAACAAACCAACGUUACUCGCCGAAAAGAAAUGGUUUUUAUAACACCUAAUAAGACAAGUACUAUUAAAGUGACAUUUUUUUUACAGCGAUAUCGCAAAUUUUUCGAUUUUUCAAUUUUCGUCCCUCCUGUUGCGAAAGUCCUAUUUUUUUAAGUAGUUUCUUGAAGAACUGGAUCAUGAGGCAUCCUAAAAAUAUUUUGAGCCAACUAAUAUUAAUUAAUUUUAAUUGUAAUAUAUAUAUAAUUUUUUUAUUCGACACGUAGAAACUAGGAAUGAAACUUUAAAGCCAGCAGUUACAAUCAAAUACAUAAUUGUAUUUAAAAAUAUUUUCUAAUAAGCUAUUCCAACAAACAAAAAAAAAAUUAAAACCACAAUAAAUGCUUAUAAUUAUUGAUUAGUAAGUAGAGAGUAAUUAUAGCCAAAAUGUUAAUUUAUUUAAUUUUUUUCACUGUCUUACAAUUAUUAGUGCGUGUGCAUUUUUAUUAACCAACGUUCUACAUAGAUAUAUAACAAUUAUUAUUAAAAAGAAACUUAUUAUUGCUUGUAAGAUACAAACUCUCUUCUAGCAGGGUUAAAAAAAUACUUUGUGGUUUUUUCUGGAGUUAUUUCUAGUGAGUUUAGAUAUAAGUUAUAUAAUAUUGUUUUUAUAUCGCAAAAAAAGUGGUGUUAUCUCCUAAUAAGACUGUAAGAUACUUUUGCAACAUGCAAAAUCGUCAAAGGACCUUUUUAAAGAUCAUUCAACAACUGUACUUUUAUUAAAAGAACAAAAAAAAAAGGCAAGAAUGUCAUCUUUUAUUUCCUACAGUCUUAUUAUAUUGAUGUUAGUGAUCUAAUAAAUCAGACGUUUAGCAGGACAAGUUUAAAAUUGAAAUUAAAUAAGUAACUUCAAAUGUGAUUUAGUUUAAGCAUUGUUGAGUAGUUUUGUUACUGAAAGUGCCGAAUUGUGACUUUGGUAUUAGAAAUUAAUUAGUCGUAAAGGAUUUAAGUUAUUCUAGCAAUUAUAGCCGAAAUAUGUAUCGUACGAUAAUUUAAGCGUUUACUACUACUAUUAUUACUUUUUUUUGUACAAUGUGUGGACAUUACCGUGAAUGUAUACUUGUGCGCGUGUUUAAUUGGAAUGCUAUUCUAGUUUGUUUUUUUUUUUCAUCAUCAUCAUUAUUAUUAUUGAGCCCUGUUUUGCAAUGUAACUGUGAAAAAUUUUUAUAAAUGCAAAUGUGCAAUAAAAUUAUA